AUGGCGGACUUAAAUUUUAGCCAACUGCAAAAUUCCUCGAUUUCAAAUGGCGAGGAACCUGAUACCGAAUACUUGGUGCUUGCACCUGUUCUGGGGCUCGUAAUGCUGCUCGCCAUAUCUGGUAACAUGACCCUUAUCAUUACAAUAUGCCGCACUCGUAAACUGCGCACGUGCACAAACAUGUUCAUCUUAAACCAGGCAUGUGCAGACCUGGGAGUCGCUUUAUUUUGUAUGCCAUUUUCAAUCAUCACGUGCUACACACGAGACUGGAUAUUUGGUGACAGUAUAUGCCAUCUAAAUGGGUUUGUGAACAUUCUGUUUGAGGCUUCAUCGUUGUUUACGCUUACUUCGAUAAGCAUCGAGAAAUACUUUUCCAUCGUCAAGCCUAUGAGGGUUGUCAUAACAAAAAAGGUGACAGUCACCAUAGUUGCCAUGACGUGGUUUACAGCACUUGGGCUUGCAACCUUACCGUUGACAGGUUUCAUUGCGUUUGAAUUUAAGCCGGGUAAGUAAAAAUUUUUUUUCCAUUAUGGAUAAUUUUUGAAAAAAUGAGCAACAAGUUUUAGAAGUCAAUUAUUAGCGCAGUUUGGGGUAAAAAUUACAAGUGAUUAAGUAUUCCAAAAUUUCCCAAGAAAUUUGAUUUGAUUACUUUUCAAUAACAUACAUAGAAAUUUAACUUCUUAGACUAUUCGAGAUUUAAUUUAGUGAGGUGUUUUCAGCCCAAAUGAGCAUGCUGAAAUGUCGCAAGUAUGAAUGUUUAUUGAGGUAAUAAAUUUUUAUUAACAGAUUUAUUACACCCAGUUUGAAAUCACUGGUGGUCCCUGUAAUCUGAUUGGCUCUGAUUGGUGCGAUUUAUUCACGAAUCGUACCAUUUUUUGCUUUAAACGCAUCUUUUUCCCAGCCAAUGAAGAGGCUACACUAAAAACAAAACAACCAAUCAGAUUUCAAGGCUUGUUCAAAGUAACCGAUCAAAUUGCAGGAAAAUGAAAGACAAAGAGUAUUAUACGGCAAAUUUUGCAACUUUUGUUUCCGAAACUCCUAUUCCCCCCCCCCUAAAAAAAAAAGAUGAAUUUAAUUUCAAACCGAGUCAGUCCUGCAUUAAUAAAAUAUUUGACCAAGUCCUAUAUUUGGGCGAUUUCAAAAUGGAUGCAAUAGCCCGAUAGUUAAUCGAUUAAUGAUUAAUAACGGUAACUGAACCUCGUGUCGUGCAAUUUUGGUCUGAAAUCAUACUUGUGAUUACAAAUCACGCGUAUGAUUUCAGCCCAAAUUGCACUCCACUCAUUUCAAUUACCGUUAUUAAUCAUUAAUCGAUUAACUAUCGGGCGAAAAGUUGGCAGGGUUAUGGAGUAACACAAGCUCGGCAUAAAAGCCUAUGAACCAAAAGAAAAGCUGCAAACAGUUUUAACAAUUUUCUUCAUUCCUUAGGGUCAACUCAGUGUGGAGUUCAAAUCUCAUCUAAUGUUGGUCAAACCAUUUACUCAUUGGUGGUUCUUGUGGUCGCCUUCCUUAUGCCGCUAUGUAUCAUGGGAUUCUGUUACAUCAACAUUUUCCUGGUUGUAAGGAAACACAACAUUCGCCGUCCAAAGAUGUCAUAUUCACGCAUCGACAGCAAAAGUUUUCUGUCGACUCAAAGCCAAAUAGCCCUGACCAUUUUCAUGAUGUUCAUUGCUUUUAUUCUCUGCUGGUCACCUUAUUUCGCGUACAUGAUCUACAUGACCGCUCGUCAAGUGAAAAGCCCAGAUGCAUUCGCACGGAGCUUGGGACUAGCUUCUUAUUGGUUUGCUUUCCUAAACAGCUGCAUUAAUCCGUUCCUGUACGGCCUCAGGAAUCCUCUCAUCAGAAGAUCGCUGUAUUCAAUGUGCUGUAAUCGCAAAUUUCGAAGCAGUCGCAGACGCUAUUCCUCGAGGAAAGCAAAUGACUACUGUGAUCCGCCAUUUUUUGGACCACCCCUGCCAUUAGUCGACUACGACAAAACAUCCCCUCCCUACCCAGCUUUCAUCAACGUUGUUGCCCUGACCGAGGAAGACAUAAUCAGCCCAAAUGAGGGAAUUGGCGAGCCGACUGUGGACAGAGGAACUCAAACGGGCGAAAACUGGAAAAUUUUAUCUUUCCAAGAUUUGCCGCAAACUUACUUCGUCAAUGAAGCGUCUUCCACGACAAACCAAGUAUUUCCACUUCAGUUACAAGAACAGGGAACGUUAUUCGACCAUACCCAUAACGUUUCAAGUUCAUCAUGCUCUAGCAUGUGCUCUGGUUGCAAUCACGUGGUGACAAACAGUAAUGAGGAAAUCUUGUGUUCCAGCAUGUCAUCAGUGGAAGACAGUGGUCUGUGUAGUGAAUGUGCAUGCUUGUCCGAUUAUGAAAGUUCAACGAGUAGAAGUUGUAGUCAAUGCAAACAAGAUGACCUUGAAUCGAAUUCUUGCCCUUCGAUUUCGAAUCACACGAAAUAA